UCUAUUAAUCAUCAGAGUGCUUUUGAUUGCAUUUGAUUUCCAAAGGCAGGAAGAUACAAACAGAAUGUCUUCCUGGAGUUCACCCUGUUCAGGUCUGUAUCAUCUCAACAGCCGUGUGAGAUGAGAGCAGAGCAGGAGGGAAACAGCUUGCUCACUUCACUGUCCAUUACAUCUGACAAUGCGCUAAACUUGAACAAGCCUCCUUGAUCUGACACCUCCUCUUCUCUCCUCCCCUGCCUGGAUUUUCUGCCUGCAGCAAUAAAUUCAAGCACGGAUUCAUCCUGCUCCCACAGGAAGCUGCAUGCUCCUCGGUACAGAGAAUCAGAUGAGGAUGGAUAAGAGAUCUCGGAGCUCUUCCAGGGAGUCCCAUAGGAGAAAGAGAGAGUCUCCAGCUACACAGAGGAAACGGGAGAAGAGGGAGAGAAGCAAAGAAGCCAGCAAAGAAACAGGAGAUAGAAGGCAGGAAAAAACAAAGGAGAUUAAGAGUGCUGUAGGGACUGAUGGUAGGGUGCACACAUCCACAGUGGUGGACGUGGAUGAUGUGAUAUCUGAUGAAGAAAUGGAGGCAAUGAUGUUGCUGGACAGUGAGCAUCAAGAAGAAGGUAUGAAGUCUUCCGGUCUCAGCAUCUGUGAGUGGCUUCUGACUAUACUGUCUUUCCUGUUGAUCGUAAUGACCUUCCCCAUUUCUGUCUGGUUCUGCAUGAAGGUAGUGCGGGAGUAUGAGAGAGCCAUUGUUUUCCGGCUUGGGCAUCUCCUUCCUGGCAGGGCCAGAGGGCCUGGCCUUUUCUUUUUCCUUCCCUACCUGGACACAUACCACAAAGUGGACCUCCGCCUCAAAACCCUGGAAAUCCCCUUCCACCAGGUGGUGACUAAAGACAUGGUUACCUUGGAGAUAGAUGCUGUCUGCUAUUAUCGUUUGGAGAAUGCCUCUCUUCUCCUCACCACCCUCACCAGCAUCUCUAGUGCCAUCCAGCUGCUGGUGCAGACCACCACGAAACGCCUCCUGGCACAUCGAGCCUUCUCUGAACUUCUGUUGGAGAGAAAGAGCAUCAGCCAGGAGAUAAAGGUGGCUUUGGAUGCGGUCACAGGCUGCUGGGGGAUCAAAGUGGAGAGAACAGAAAUCAACAACGUGCAGCUGCCUGCUGAAGUCCAGCAGUCCCUGGCUGUGGAAGCAGAAGCCCAGAGGCAGGCCAAAGUGCGGAUGAUUGCUGCUGAGGGGGAGAAGGCUGCUUCUGAGUCCCUGCGGAUGGCAGCUGAGAUUCUGUCCAGUGCCCCUGCUGCUGCUCAGCUCCGUUACCUUCAUGCACUGCACUCCCUUGCUGCAGAGAAACCUGCUGCCUUCAUCUUGCCCUUGCCUUUGGAUCCCAUGAAUCUGGUCUCUCCAGCUACCCGCAGCCCUCCAGGAGUGAGCAGCAUCAUCACAGAUACCACAGAGCUCCCAGAAAGUGUGAAGGACAAAAAGGACUCACCCAUGCUCUAAGAGUUCUCCCAGAAAUGGUUGCUG